AUGGCACCAAAGAAGACCGAUUAUCCGCGACCCUCACGCUCGAUGGACCAUGCAGCAGGCUCCUUGACACUCAAGAGACACACGAGCUGCUCGUCAUGCAGUUGUCCCGGCCAACAUCCUGCGUCAAACUCCAGCGUUGUACUCCACGACGGGCACAGUGCAGGGUCGAAUUGGCAAUGGGAGUGCGAGUGUGAGCACGAAGGCGUAGAAGGCCACGAGCGGGAGGAGGAUCAGGAGGAGCGCCAGCGAAGGCUUAGAGUGGCAAAGCGCAUAGACGAGCUUUUACAGGUAAGUACCGGCACUACAUUGUCACCUCGAAGCCCUCUCUUGACCUUGGCGAUCUUUCAUGCUCAUUUAAGGACGAAGGCAAGCUGCAAGACUUCGGCUUUGUUAACGAGGACGUUAAAAGCCUGCGAAAGUGAGUUCGCGGCCGGCACAGCGCAGAAUCGUACAUUCGAUGCUUACGUAGCAUUUCUCACUGCCCUCAGACAAAUGCUACCUGCAUCAGGCAGACACCCUGAGCGGAGCGUCGAAUCUCCUCGCCCUUCGCACCUUGGUGAGCGAAAAAGGGGCCGGGACAUUAGUGCUUCGCAGAGCCCUGCUCCUGGAAGCAGCUGCAACAGCGCAGCAGGACGCGAGUGUAAGUCUCAAAAGUCGCUUUUCAGUCCGCAUAUUCUCAGGCCCUUUGUCUCUAUCGCUCCCUUCGCAGCCCACUUUCAAAAGAAGCGAAAGACGCUGAUUGAUCGGGGCCAAGGUGCGGAUAGCGCAAUAUCUUCUCGUGCUUCUUCUCUCGGUCCUCUCACGCCUUCAGCGGAUGACGAAGGUUCAGCCACAGGGCCUCGAAUAGCAGGCAUGGGUGAAAUCGGCUCAUCUGACGAAGCCUCGACAGCGCCGGAGGCCAUCGUCGCGGAAGGUGAAGGUCACGGAAAGCGCCCGGCUCGCAGCCAGAAAGGGCUACCGGAGGCCACUGAAGGAGCAGCAAACCCCAUCAGCGUCGAAGUGACAGAGCAACCCAAACCUAGUCGCGAUGAGAUCGAUCGGGGCGCCGACUUGGACGCAGCGGUCAAAGGCUCUAGCAUCGACGCUGGCUGGCUUGAUGAGGUGAGUCAGAUCAAGCUUUCGAUCCCGUAAUCGAUGCGGCCGACAAGCUGACGGGAAGUGACCGCGAUCUCAGCCCGAGGCGCCGCGUAAAGAGAGACCGGCGGUGAUCGAAGAGCGCGCUGGGCUCAUCCAAUUCAGAGUGGUGGAGAAUGACGGGCGCCCUGAGAGCAUGAUCAUUCUUACUGGGCUCAAGAACAUCUUUCAGCGACAACUGCCGAAGAUGCCUCGCGAGUACAUCACCCGCUUAGUUCUGGACCGGAACCACCGAAGCAUGGCCAUCGUCAAGAGAGGCUUGCAGGUGGUCGGUGGGAUUACAUACAGGCCUUUUGAGCAGAAGCGCUUUGCCGAAAUCGUCUUUUGUGCCAUCUCUAGCACGGAACAAGUGAAGGUGCGUUUGCUGCAGAGCCCUAGACCAUGGAGCAUCGCUGAUCCGUUUCUCUGCGCUGGUCAAAAGGGAUACGGUAACCACUUGAUGAAUCACGUCAAGGACUAUGUCAAGGACUCGAGCGAAGUGAUGCACUUCCUCACGUAUGCCGAUAACUACGCCAUCGGGUACUUUAAGAAGCAGGUGAGUCCCUUUGAAUGAAAUCGCUGCAGCAGGCGCCUUCUGAAACCCAACGAACCUCACAGGGCUUCACCAAAGAGAUCACUUUGCCAAGAUCUCAGUGGGUCGGCUACAUCAAAGAUUACGAAGGCGGCACAUUGAUGCAAUGCAGUAUGGUCCCUCGAGUGCGCUAUCUUGGCGUCACGGAUCUGCUGGCUCAGCAGCGGCGAAUGAUCCUGCAAAAGAUCCGUCAGAUCAGCAGAAGCCAUGUCGUGCACAAAGGCCUGGACGUCUUUCGAAAGAAACACGACGAAGAUCUCUCCAAGCGCGAGGUCGAAGAGUCUAGCGAGGAUGAAGAUGUGCCACUGGCGAACAGCAAUCAUGCAUCGACCUCCGCACCUAGCGCGUCGAACAAGAGGAAGAAAUUCGUGGUGGACCCUGCCGAAGUGCCUGGCCUCAAGGAGAGCGCCUGGACACCCGAAAUGGACGAAAUAUCUCGACGACCCAAACGCGGACCUCAUCACGCCCUCAUGCGCCACGUGUUGGUCGAGCUGAACAAUCACCAUGCGGCUUGGCCUUUCACUGCACCGGUAGAUGCAGCUAGUGUGAGUGUCCUGCCUCGGACAUCGAUUGACGCCGGGACGCUCUGACAACCGGCUCUCGCGCAGGUUCACGACUAUUACUCAGUCAUCAAGCAGCCCAUGGGUGAGCAUACCGCGUUGACAGCAAGCGGAAAGUGCUAUGCUGAGAACCUUGCAUUUCACAUCUUUAGAUCUGAGCACCAUGGAGACGAAGCUGGAGAAUAAUGCAUACGCGACGGUGGAGGAUUUGACAGCAGAUUUCAGGCUCGGUAGGUGUGCUUUGCCGUAGGAUCUUGCGAUGGCUGUGGCACAGGCGAGAAUGCUCACGAGGCCCCUCUCCCCUUGCUCAUCUCUCAGUUGCUGCCAAUUGCCGUCAAUACAAUGGCCCAAGCAAUUCAUACACCAAGCUGGUCAACACGCUCGAGAAACACUUUGAUCGAGAAAUAGGAGGUGUAAGUAGUGCCUGUACGACCACUGAGCCAUCGCCAAUGACUCCUUGACUGACUUGAAUGCGACAAAUGUCUCGUUUUGGCGUACUUUGCAGUGGAAACAAAGCUAUGGUGUCUUGUGA